CGGCAGUUUUUUAGUCGUGCUCCCUUUCAAUCGCUCUCUUUCCAGCUAGGAUAUUUAUUUUGUUUCGUUAAUUAGUUAACUACAGUAGUGUACAAGUUAGAGGAGCUAGUUUGUAAGGGACUUAAUAAUUCAGAGUCGAUAAUAUUGAAUAUUGGCUGGCGUGAAUAAUACAUAAACGUCGUCCACUUCGUCCGACUUAAUUGUAUAGCUCGAAAAACACAUCCCCUCAGAAAUAUAUGCGGAACUCGUCCAACAUUCUUUAUUAGCGGUUCGAUUGUGUCGCUGAUUUUCAUUCCAUCAUGAGCACGAAAAAGUUGAAGCAACGUUUGCGAAAUAUUUCUAUUCGCGACAAUGGAACCGAGGCGGCUUUGGUGGACGAUCUUUUUGGCGUUGACAACAACAAUGUUGAUCUUGGAAGGAAUGCAACAGGUCGAAAAAAGAAGAGGAAAAUCAAAAUCUACGAUAUUUCAGAGCCGGUCCUUGUAAAAAUUUUUGAAUUCUUGAAAGAACCUGACUUGAAAGCUCUUCGACUUGUUUCUAAAUUGAUGUCGCGCUCUGCCACCCAAAUAUUUCGAAACAUUCACAACCCCGUCGUGAUCAACUCGGAGAUGAAGAUUUUUUCCUUCAAAGAAGACAUGGACCGGAGCGAUGAUUUCCCCGAUUCAAACUCGUCCUAAAACCGAUUCCCCGACAUAUGCUCAUCUCCUUCACGUCGCGGUAUGAAGAGUACAUCAAAUACUUGAAGAUUGAGCCUUUCCUGACUCCCGCAGAACAUGGAGGGGAAGGAUUCGAUCCAAGUCAACGCCUCGUGUGGAAACUGACCGGCGUGAUCCAGGAGCUGAUGGAUAUCGAAGAAUUGGAAAUUAUGUUCCCAUCCUUCAGCGAUUUUGAUUAUACGAAUUUACAAUUCGAAAACGAUUUUGACCUCCCUUCCCUCAAAAUCCUGUCAAUUUUGUUCGCAUCGAAUGGCUUCUGUCCGUUCAGUUCGGACUUGACGUUAAGUAUCUUGGAGCAUGCGGAGGAUCUGGAAAAACUUAAGGUGAAAUUACCCGAACCGAAAGAUAAGCUUGUGGAAACCGUAGAACUGCGCAGAGUUCUCGAAGCAGCGGGGGGAGUUCCGUCAAUUUCGCUGAUUUUGAAAAUCGACACGAACCAUAACGUUCUUCUGGGCACAAUUUCGGAAGCAAUCGAGUCACAAGUUAACACAAAUAUUCAAAGUGUCACCUUCCUUUUAAGCAAGUGGGUCACGGAGUAUAAAGAAAUUACGAAAUUGCUCCGCUCCGGGGAAGGCAACUUGGUUGGAGUGCAGAUUUUCAGACGGUUAAAAAUGGGGGAAAAAUUCUACCCGGAAACGUCAGGAAUAUUAGGGUUACCCGGAAUGAGCAAGUUGAAAUUCCUGGAGGUGGAUUCAUACCGGAUUCCUAUAAGAAAAAUAGAAAAAGGCCAAUUCCCCGAGCUGAUCUCGCUCAGUUUGCAUAUGCGCUUUGGAAAUGAGGAAUUUUACUGUAAAAGCGUUCUCCAUCCGGUGGAAAGGCUCAAGCUGCAUUUUCAUGAGACGUCCAUCAUGGCGGUGGAAAUUCCGGAAGUGUACUUGGAUAAUUUGGUGUCGAGUCAGCUGAAGAGAUUGGAGCUGGUGAACCCUCCUCCGGGGCAUCUUAGCUUCAUGUCGGGAUGGGGAGGGAAUAUCGAGACGUUGAUAAUUUCGUCGCCCAAGGACGACCCGACCUAUUCCGUGGAAAAAGUGAUGGCUCAAUUAAGAGGUGCGACCGACCGAUCGAGAGGAUAUUCGCACCAGCAACCCAGCCUGAUGAAACUGCAAUGUUUAAGGAAACUCCAUCUGUUCAUUCCGAUCGAUGAAGCAAUGGCUGAUUAUUUGUGUGAUUUGGACCCUCUUUAUGAACUAGUGGUGGAUGAUUCGAAGAUUUGUGAGGAAUCGAUUCAACAAUUAAGAAGCAAUCACAACAUCUACAUCUCUCGGCCAUAUUGUGACAGUCUGGAAUAAUUUGUUAUUUCUUUGGUGUAUGCAGAACGGCAUAUAAGGAACUCUUAAUAUUUUGUACUACUUUUGGUUAGUUUAGAAAGAAGUGUGGUUUAGGCUUACAUAUUACAAAAAUGAACUGAAAAAACACUGAAUAGUCUGAAAAAUUCCGGCCAUCCAUAAUAAAUUACGCUUAUUAUCAAUCAAACUAUGCUCUCUGAGCUAUGAAUAGGAGUUAGACUAAUUUAAAGAUAAUUUAGAUACACUAAGAUUUACAAAUAUGUAUUUCUGCGAUUUUGCGACAUUUCACAGACAUUGUUCUAUUUAUACUGAGGAAAUAAA